AAUCGUGAAAAAUACGAGUCUCGGGUAUCGAUCUCAUUUGUUGUUGUCGAUCGCACACGUUUUCGUAACGUAAACAGAGAGUAGUCGGUCGCUGCUCGUUUCGCGCGCAUCAUCCUUCGCAACUGUCAGACAGCAGUAGUAACAGCCCGACGACCCGUGCGUGUAUGUGUGUGUGUGACGUAUCGAACGUUAAAACUCAGAUAUCGAUCAAUUAUUCAAAAAUCGCAGGUGCGAAGCAAUGGAAGAAAUGGAGCAAAGUAUCGAAGUGAGAGAGGAGAGCAUCGACAUCGCUGUUGAGUCAGCGGCUGAUGAGCAAGAGAAAGAGGUGGAAAAAAUGGAGCAAAGUACUGAAAAGAGCGAGGAGAACAACAACAUCGAAGCUGCAUCAGCGGCUGAAGAAAAGAAAGAGGUGGAAAAAAUGGAGCAAAGUAUUGAAAAGAGCGAGGAGAACAACAACAUCGAUGCUGAAGUACAGGCCGAACAAGAGAAAAAGGUGGAAAAAGUGGAACAAAGUGACGAAGGGGAGAAAAAGAACUUUGACAUCGCCGCUGCAUCAGCGGCUGAAGAACAAGAGAAAGAGGUGGAAAAAAUGGAGCAAAGUAUUGAAAAGAGCGAGGAGAACAACAACAUCGACGCCGAAGUCCCGGCCAAAGAAGAGAAAGAGGUGGAAAAAAUGGAGCUAAGUGUCGAAGGGGAGAAAAAGAACUUUGACAUCGCCGCUGUAUCAGCGGCUGAAGAACAAGAGAAAGAGGUGGAAAAAAUGGAGAAAAGUGUCGAUGAGGAGAAAAAGAACAUUGACUCGGCCGCUCAAACACCGUCCGAAGAACAAGACAACGAUGUGGAAAAAAUGGAACAAAGUAUCGAAGAGAAGGAGAAAAAUAUCGACGUCGCCGUUGAAGCAUCGGUCGAAGAACAAGUGAACGAGAUGGGAAAAAUGGAGCAAAGUAUCGAAGCGAACGAGGAAAACAUCGACGUUGCCGUCGAAGCAUCGGUCGAAGAACAAAAGAACGAGGCGAAAAAGAGCGACGAAGCGGAGAAGGACACUACCGAUGAAGUACCGGUCGAAAAACGCGAGAACGAGGUGGAACGAAUGGAACAAAGCGUCGAAGAGAAAGAAGAAAAAGAAGAGAAAGUCGAGCCAUUGAGACGGCGCACCGUCUACGAGCUGGACCGAGCGAGGAUCCGUGCGGCCCGACAAAGGGCUCACAGACGCUGGUGGAAAUUCUUCAAAACUUCGCGCGAAUCCGAGGAUUGGAGCGACGAGGAGAAGACCCGAAUCAACAAGGAGCUCUUCGAGAAAUUGGACAAGGCCGACGCCGACUGGGCGGCUUGGCGCGACGGACCCCCGCUGCCGAGCAUCCGCUUCUUCGACGAUCUCGUGAAGCAGGAAAGAACGAGACUGGACAGGCUCGAGCUCGAGGCGGAGGAGUUCGCCGAAGGCGAUUGCAUCUCGGACGACGACGAAGACAACGGCGACGACAACGGCGACGACAACAACAACAAUGACGUCGACGUCGUCGAUCGGGGACAGGAGAAGCACGAGCGGCAAACGCUGGAGAGCCAGAAGACGGUCGAGGUGUUGAACAACGCGACGGAGGAGGGAGAGACGACGAAGACGACGACGACGACUCAGGACGAGCAGUCGAAGAAGAGGAGGCACAGCUCGUCUAGUCUGGAGGACGGCGAGAUCGACGACCGGAGGUUCCUGACCAUCCGUGGCUUCGGCGAAGACGAGUACCUGCCGAGGGAGUUCAAGAUGCCGAGGAACGAAUGAGCGUCGUGUUUCAGAGAUUCGCGAUUAUUUAGAAAUUGUAAUUUUUUUAUUAUAUAAAAAGAAAAAAAGAUAACUAUGUGUAAUUUUACGCGUAUGACGAUAAUAAUAACAACGACAAUGUUAAAAUAUGUAUAUAAUUUAGCUCGCGGCGCCCCGUGUAUGGAAGGCGCGCAAGUGUCAAAGUGUAAAAACACGAACUCAGUCUUGAAAUAGUAAAGAGCGCAGAAAAAAAAGAGCAAUCCGCGCAUAUUUAAAACGCU